UAAAUAAAUAUGAUUCCCAGGAACAUGUUCUCCAAAGACAUUCUUCGACUUGAAUCCGACACAGUGACUCAAUAGAACUCUGCUCUGCCAUGAAGUCAACAGUUCUUUUUCUCUUGGGUAUCUUCCUCCUGGACCAGUGUGGGGUUCAAGGAACCCUAGUCAUAAGGAAUCAGCGCUGCUCCUGUAUUGGCACCAGCCAAGGCACAAUCCCCUACAGGUCCUUAAGAGAUCUCAAACAGUUUGCCCCAAGCCCUCAUUGCAACAAAACUGAGAUAAUUGCUACACUGAAGAGUGGAACUCAAACCUGUCUGAACCCAGAUUCAGCAAACGUGAAGAAGCUAAUGAGAGAGUGGGAGAAACAGAUCAGCCAAAAGAAGAAGCAAAAGAGGGGGAGAAAACAGCAAAAGAACAAGAAAAACAGAAAAGCUAAAAAACCCAAAGGUCCUCGUGCAAAAACUCCAUAAGAAACCAAUUUACCAACAAGCGCUCUGUGUUUAAAUGGCUUUUAGAUCAUACUGAAAUGCUGUUGGUGGGGAGCGGGCUCUAAUACAUAAACUCAUUAACUUGGCUAGAAAACAUAAAGCAUGAUUUUGAAAGCAUAACCAACGCUAGAGAGUUAAUUGUGAAAUCUAAAUAGCAAGAGUUGCUAGAAGCAAAAACUGUCCUUGUUAUACUCAGCCAACAAAAUUUCAUCAAGCUCUUGAGCACGGUCAUGAUAAUGUCAGAUCUGGGCAAGUGUCCCUGGAUGCUUAUCCCAUGCACAAUAGCUGUCUAGGCUUCUAGAGCCACACAUUGCAGCUUCCAGAGGGUUCUGAGACCCAUGUCACCAAGCCUAGGUCUGUCUGUAUGCUAGCCAUCAGCAGCUGCACAUGAGCCAGCCUACAGGCCCAGCAGGCAGUAUGUGAGAGAUCAUGCUAAUGGUUUUUGGUUCCACAGGAGACAUCGCCAGACUUGGCUUUUAGAACCUUCCAUGUAGCUUUUGAGACUGUGUGAUUUCAUCGUUGACUUGAUCCCAUCUUCAAGGCGCAUUUCAAAUUUUGCUUCUUAAAUAAAACCCUCCUAGGGGGCUAUGGGCAUAGCUUUGGAGUAGAGCACUUGCCUUGCACAGACAAGGCCCUGGAAUUGAUCACUAACAAUGCAAAAACUUAGCAAUUAAAAAUAUAUUUUCUGGCUA